CUUCACGCACACAAGAGUUGAUAACUCAAAUUUCAAGAUGGCAAAAGCAUCAAACGUAGUUGGUGAAGCCCAAAUCCCUUGCCACACAUCGACAUCCUUCCUCCUCACUCGUAUACCGCCUGAAGUACGAUACGAUAUCUUCGACCGGCUCCUCAACUCACACCACAUAAUCCUUAUCACACCGAACAGCAAGCAACGAGGAGUUCUCAAGCCAUUAGUCCAAGUCUGCAAGCAGCUGCGAGACGAUAUGCAGAAAUGGCUCAUGGGAAAGAAGGAAUCGGCCAUUAUCAUCAGCCCUACGUUUGGCGUCUUUAAAAACGAAGUUACCACUUUCAAGAUGUGUUGGGUAGACGAAUUCUCACUUCUUUUUCAAAAGGGUUUAUAUGUUCGCAAGGAUGGCUCUUGUACUCUCCAACGGUGCUAUAUCCCAAGGCAUCCAGCACGUGAUCUAGAGAGGCUCGAGAUGUGGCAACGGGCAAUGGAUUUGGAAGGCACUAACCGCCGGUCAAGAAUCAACUCAGUGCUGCAAUAUCAACCCCAAUUUAAGGGAUAUAUAACGAGUCUUGAUGAUAGAAAGCUCUUGGGCUGGCAAAUCGAAGACUGGUGUGUUCUUGAUCCGAAGGAGCACGAGUUUCUACCAAUGGUACUGGGCAGGCCGUUGAAACAGUUCGUGUGGUCGAAUGAUUUUGAGGCACAUGCUGAGUAUCAGGAGUACACGAGGCAGCAUCCCAGGGAGGACGUGAUGUUGAGGAGGGUGGAGUGUGGACCUGCGUUUGAGUUUAAGUUUGAUGGAGAUUUUGAUCUGAUUGAGGUGGGUUAAAUACUUGGUAAAAGGAGAAUUUUUGUCCAACUGUAAUUCUUCAAUAGAAGUUAAUAGGAAAUGCA